AAUCUCGUUUUGAAGCAUGUCGUUUCUAGAAAAAAAUCUUAUCUCAGUUUUUUUUAUCUUAUCACUUCCUCCCUUUAACCCUUUCUUUCCAUAAACUUUCCAUCAAGUAAAACCAUUAACGUAAACAGAUUUCAAUACUAAUUAAAAACGUAGUAACUCGACAGUCGACACCUUCUACGUAUUUUACUUCAAUUAGUUCCUUCGUACAUCCAUUCAUAUUCAAUGAUGUGUGCCAUGUUUUUGUUUUUUUAUUCUCGUCUCGAGUCGCUAACUGCAUUCCUAUGAUCUCACCUCUCAUAUUCAUAUCCUUGUUUACCUCCAAAUACACUUUCUCUCUGCAUUUAUUAUUCGUAAUUCAACGUUAAUGUUGUUCUUAAUUAGCGAACAUUUAAAUAAUUUGUAACGUCGUAGAAACAUUUAUUAAUUUGCAACGAAGGAAAAUGAGAUAAUUUUGACGAUAUUUCAUUCAAUGAAAUGGAAGAAGAAGAAGCACUUUUGGGAGCUGAAUCUGUCGAUUCGACUGCCUUACCUUUUUAUAUGAGUCUACGCGAUCCUCUAACCGUUGGAAAUGCUAUCAUAGUGAAAGGCCAAGUAUUGGAAAAUGCUACUACAUUUGCCGUCAAUUUUUGCUCCACAAUCUCUUGUUGCUUAUUCCGCUACAAUAGUGGUAAAGAUAUUGCAUUUAGCCUACGUCCCUAUUUCGAUAGACGAUGCGUAGUCAGAAACUCGACCCAUAAAUUAAAAUGGCAAACCGAAGAAGUGGCCGGAAAUCGAGAUUUUCCUCUAUCUCGUAAAGACGAUUUCUGUAUCGAAAUAUUCAUCGCUGCUAAGGAAUUUUUUGUGGCCAUUAAUGGGCUUCAUUUUUGUACGUUUUUAUUGAGGACUGCUUUGAGCUCGAUUAAUUCUAUCGAAGUUCAAGGAGACAUAAAAAUAGACGGGGUAUCUAUCAAUUCUAGUCAAGAAGUUUAUCCUUCACAGUCAAUCACCCAAGUACAGACUGCUCCGAAUGCUUUUCAUGUUGUUAAUUUUGAUAGCAAUUCUUUCAACUGUCGUGAUUCAAAAUUACCGUUGAUAUUCGCUCUAUCGAAAACACUUCAGAGUGGUAAUAUCAUCAAGAUCGAAGGCAGAGUUAAAAUGUUACCUUAUUCGUUUCUAAUUAAUUUACAAAAUAGCGAAUCGAGAUUACCACAUCCGAACAUCCAACUUCAUGUAAACGGUCGUUACAAUUAUUCUCAGAAAAAAUCGACCAAAAAUUUAUUAGUAUUGAAUAGUUGGAUAAACGAAGCAUGGGGUACUGAAAAAACAUUGACCAGCGGUUCCCUUCCGAUGCCUGGAAAUGAUUUUGUAAUCACUAUAAACUGUAAAGAAGAUCAUUUUAAAGUACAUACGCACGAGUAUAUGGCUUUAGAUUUUCCAUAUCGUUCUCCUUUGCAGGAUGUUAAAUUUAUUCAUAUUCAAGGCGAUAUUUUUGUACAUUCUGUGACGUUUUCGUAGUGUUUUACGAAUAGUUUUUUUUCCCCCUUCAAAAACGCUUCAAAUGCUAGAAGUAUUUUGCGCUUUUAAACUAUGCUUUUAUUUCUCAUUCAUUAGGCUUAGAUAUCUACCUUCGCUAGGUUGUGCAUUUUUGUUCGAGUCGUUUUUCCAAAAGUCAAAAGAUCGGGAACAAUGAUACAAUUUCAACUGCCUGUAAUAUUAAAUCGUGAUACCUUAUAUUCUUAAAUGGAUUCGCUUAAUGUAUCUGAUAUCGAUUUGCAUUUUUUUUAUACCGGUGAAUUUUCUCUAUAUUUACUUCGCGUAUCGUAUUGACGAAAAGUUUACCUUUUGAUUUUUUACAAUUUUUUAAUAUGGAUUUUUUUGUCGUUAUAAAUCUGUUUGUGUCUUGAAGAAACUCAGGUAUAUGUGUCACUGAAAUAGUUAAACGAACCGUAUUACUUUACGUUCGAGUUUUACGGUUUUAUUAUUUCUUUUCUUGUUACGAAUUUUAGCUUGUUACCAUGUUUACUAUGUUCCUAAGUAAUUAAGAAACUUUUUUAAUGCAUCGUAAUUAUUUAUUCUUCUACAUCACAUUCUUCAAUUUUAUUGUUUUUCAUUCUAUCGUAAAAUUCCGUCCUAAAGAUGGGUAUUUUUGAGUAAUAUAUUAUUGUACGAAUGUUUGGACCUUUUUACGGAUAAAUUGACUUGUCGUUUUCGUUCAUUUUUUUCUGUCUGCUUUUCUUGUAUUGUAAAAUAGUAUGUUUGAAUACAUUUUGUUUGUAAUUUAUGUUUAUUUAUAUAUGCGUCAGAUCUGCAGAAUUCCAUUAAUUAUUUAGGAUAAUUUUAGUAUCUGUUCGUUUAUUCGUUGUUAUUAUAUUGUAUUAUGUACGAACACCUCUGAACUCUGUGAUGUCAUUGCAGUAAUACGAGUAUAUCUAUUGCACAACGACAUAAUAUUUGAUACGUAGUUCAUAAAUUUUCACGUUAUACUUUAUCAUCAUCGAAAUAAAAUUAUAAAUAUUUUGUUAA